UGACAAUUUGUACUUGAUUGAUCAAUUCAGUAUUUACUGUUCUAAAUACAUCUGGGUUUCAGUAAUUGAAAAAUUCUAUGAAAACACAUAAUUAUUUAUGUAAUGCCUGAAAUGUGUGACGGUUUAUGUGGGCAUGAUGCUACAACGGUUAUUUCGCGGUCGACUGUCUUUUAAACUGUAUUUAAUUGUGACUUUAAUUGCAAUUGUCUCUGUAUGUGGUUACAUAUUUCCCCUUUUUCGCUUAUAUUCAAUCGCACCAGUAACGGUACCUUCAAACUCACUGCCUCGCUCGUCGCGACAUUUGUCCAAAUUGAUUACAGUAGUGUUCCGUCAAUUCGAAGAUUUUGAGAACGAUGUUGCCGACAGCGUCCAAUCAUUCGUGUCGGCGUUUCCAAAUAUGCCGGUGGUUAUUAUAUGCGAACGGCCGCCGUACCCGCCGUUUCCGUUCUCGGCGACUAACGAAACCCUUCGAAAUGUGAAGGUGGUAUCUUUAGAAUUGAAAUUGAGUAUGUCGCCGCAGGAAUUGAAUCCUUUAACUUUCAUUUCGACGGAGUUUGUGUUAUUUGUACCUGAUUCGACCAGGGUUCUUCGCCGUGCCCUUCAGCAGGCCAGUGUGGCGGCGACAGCAAACCCUAAUCAAGCAGUAGCUAUCAGUGUGGGUAAUGUUCAUUUGGUAUGCCAACAAGUCACUUGGAACUAUGUUGACUGGACUCUUCACUACACUAAAGAUGCAUCGGGCAAGAUUUGUGAUGCUGUGCACGGCCAGCAUGCCCUGUUGAUCAGGACUUCAUUGCUCAGUAAACUUCCACAGCCAUUUGUUUUGCCGUUCCCUGAAUCUUUGUAUUUACAAACAGCAGUGAAAAAUUUCAAGGUCCAAAUAUCAGAUAGCAAGCUAGGCUUUGGUCGUAGUAUGCUGAAGACACCUGUAGCCAAGCAGCGAGCCACUAGGCAUAUGAGAGAUCAUCGGCUAGCGUUGUACCGGCAGCUCGGAGUUAAAGCACUUGUUAGAGAAGAUGGCAGGGUGCAGUGGUAUGGAUGUAAAAGGGAGACACAGCGAUGUUUUCCGUCAGUGCAAGGUACGCCGUCUUACAUCUUGUCGGGGAGGAACACGCCGCCGUGCUGCCGCCGCAACAUGCGUCGCGUGGCCGGGCACGUGUUGCGCGCGUUGUUGCAAGCCGGCGUCAGAUGUUGGCUCGAAACUACGUCAUUACUCGGCGCUGUGAUUCGGAGCGACAUUCUACCCUGGGCAGAACACGUGGAAAUCGGCAUCCACUCAUCGGACAUAUCGCGCGUGCCGUGGCUGCAGCGCGGCGGCGCAGACGCAGACGGGUUCGUGUGGGAGCGCGCCACCAAGGGCCACUACUAUAGGAUAGCGUACUCGGCUACAAACAGAGUGUAUGUGCUGGUGUUGCCGUUCACGCCGAGGAAUGGCACCAUGUGGCCCGCGGACUGGGUGCUCGCACAUCAGAAGGAGUUUCCCGAACGGCAUUUGCACCCGCUUGCGCAGAUAGCCUUCGCGGGUCGUCAAGCGCCGGCGCCGAACGACGCGCGCGCAUUCCUCGACCUGAAGUUAGGCCCGAACGCAGUCGAGAGGUGCGAUAAACUCGGACCUAAGCUUUUUUACCCUUAAUUCUUCUUUUUUGACGUUACGAUGGGUCCUAAGUGAAAUUUCGAAGCGGUAAGUUUUAUUACUGAAGUAAACGAACUUGAUAGAAAGAAUUUUCGAAAAUUUUUGGACAGGUUUUGUCAGGUUAUUCUAAGAAAUGUGCACAAAUCCAAGCAUCAAAGUUUAAUUCCACAUCCUUCUUUCUUCGGAUUCAAUAACAUAUAUAUUAUAUUAUAUCUCAUCUGACUGGAUUUCCUCUCAACACACCAUUAUGUGAAUUUGAAAUGGAAGGAAAUUCCUUCUUGUGUCUUAUCAACAAAAAUUUACACCCUCUCAACAAAACCACCUAUGGUCUUUUACAAUAAACGAUCCCAAUCGCUUUUUUCAGUUGAAAAUUUACCAAUCAAAACAGUUUUUUACAUACUUAUUUUUAUGGGUUUAUUCUUGAUAGAGUUGAAGAUUGCAGUUGUUCAUUAAAAAUAGACGCUAGAGAAUAAACUUUGUUAAAAUUGCACAAAUCGACGGCUUAAUCACCCGACACACAGCUCGACCUAGUUUCCUAGGACCCAUCUACAAAUACACUGUGAUAUGUAUUCGCUUUUAGCAUCCUGUGAGAUUUAUGAGCAUUUAUUAUAGCACUUUACAUAUUAUUUUGCGAUUUCCUUAUAGAUUAGGUUUAGGAAAGUACUUGAAGUAUGCCCUUAUAUUUUGUUUUCUCACCUCGUCUUAAAGAUAAUUUUAGUGUGAUAAUUGCGCGUGCGCAUUGAUUUAAUAUAAGAAUAUAUAAUAAUAUGCCUGAAAUGUGUAAUAUGGACAUUUAUUUAUAUUAUUGUUUUUAAAUAUUUCAAUGAUAUUGAAUUGAAAAUAAAGUGAUAACUGGAUAAUAAUAAAUAGUAAUCUCAAGUGAUCGAACAUCUUUCUAAUUAGGAAGUUCGCCAACGACAACUUAUUGUAGCAAAUCGGAGAUGUUAUGUGCAGAUAUCAAUACUUUACUAUGUAUACAAACAGCCUUUUAACGCAUUCGAUAAUUCGGUCGAUUAUUAAUCGAUACAAUCGCGAUAUUGGGUUUUUUUAGUCAGUAUCAGCCCAGAGUCUGGAAUUUGACAACUUUUUUAAACGGGUGGGUGGUUUAAACUUUAGUAGCGAUACUCAAUCAAUACAAUCGUAUGUUUGCAUCGAUGCUAAAUCGAUAGUAUAUGAUUAUGUUGAAACUGUAUUGUUUCUCUGAAAACUUAUUGUUUUUUUGAAAAUAUGUGAAACAAAAAAUAGUCUUAUACGAUAACUCGGUUAAGGAAUGAGCUGCGGCUAUAUGCGAACUUCCUAUGUAACUAUAGUAAACCAAUUAAUUGUUUCAAUAUAUGUGGCGCUAACAUCUUAAUAAUCGUAAUGCCUUUCAGGGCUGUGAACUUGAGGCCUUUAUACCCAAUUUAAUUUGAUAUUUUUAUGUUUUUAUGAAAAAAAAACACGAUUGUCGAAUGUCCUGUAUGUAGCAAUAGAGAGGUGUUCCAGAAAUAAAUAACGAAAGUAGUAAUGACUACUUGUACCGAUAAAAUUCUUAAGUCCCAUUUCAUAUUUUUUUUUUAUUAACAUGCGCAUGCGGCAUUAAAAUGCGAAAUAUUGAGUUCGCGUUCAAUAUUAGGCGCAUCGGGCAAUCGGGAUCUCAAUUAUUUUAAUUUUAAUUAUGGCUAAAAGUCUUGGUAUUGAUGAGAACUGAAAAUAGGUUCUUUUUUAUCUAUACUCCGUGCUUUUCUUUUUAUUGGUGCAAGUGGUCAUAAACUUAACAAUCUUGAUUUGUAAAUGGAAAUGUUUAUAGGAAUAUAUUUAAUAUGGGGGAAGCAAUAACAGUAUAUUACCUAAUAAAUAUUAUUUGUUAAAAUUUUUCGGCGUUUAUCAAUGAUCAAAAAUAUAUUUUAUUAGAUUAACGUUUAGAUAUCGAAAUUUAUGAAACUUCGCUUGUUAUUUAAAACUAGUUUGUAAUUUUGAUCUCGAUAAAUUCUAGUCAUAAUAGAUGUAAUAUUUCUGAAUAUUGUAAAUGUCAGAAUGACAUUGUUUCGUUUUUAGAGUUUAUAAAGUGUGUCGCAAUAAAUUUGUUCAAUUAUUAUGGAGCUCUAAAUUAGGGCUAUUUUGAAUAUUGUAAUUAUUAUAAUUUAAGUAUUAUUUAAAUACAACAAAUUAAG